GUUGUAAAUUCACUGCAGCAACAGACACAAGCUACAUCUCCUCCAGUUCCUGAACCUCACACGCUCACUACUGUGGCUCCAGCAGAUCCUCUUGUUAGAAGACAGCGAGUACAGGACCUUAUGGCGCAGAUGCAGGGCCCCUAUAACUUCAUGCAGGACUCUAUGCUGGAGUUUGAGAACCAAACACUUGAUCCUGCCAUUGUAUCUGCACAGCCCAUGAAUCCAGCACAGAAUUUGGACAUGCCACAAAUGGUUUGCCCUCCAGUUCAUGCUGAGUCAAGACUUGCCCAGCCUAAUCAAGUUCCUGUGCAACCAGAAGCUACACAGGUUCCUUUGGUUUCUUCUACAAGUGAGGGAUAUACAGCUUCCCAACCCAUGUAUCAGCCUUCUCACACAACAGAGCAACGGCCACAGAAAGAAUCAAUUGACCAGAUUCAGGCUUCAAUGUCACUGAAUGCAGACCAGACCCCAUCAUCAUCAUCACUUCCCACUGCAUCCCAGCCACAAGUGUUCCAGGCUGGAUCUAGCAAACCUUUGCAUAGCAGCGGAAUCAAUGUUAAUGCAGCUCCAUUCCAAUCCAUGCAAACAGUAUUCAACAUGAAUGCACCCGUUCCUCCUGUUAAUGAGCCAGAAACCCUUAAGCAGCAAAAUCAGUACCAGGCCAGUUACAACCAGAGUUUCUCCAGUCAGCCUCACCAAGUAGAACAAUCAGAUCUUCAGCAAGAACAACUCCAGACAG